UCUGACGAUCGCUUCCACGGAGCGAGGUUGACAGAUCCCGAGUUGUGUCCUAAGAGGCCGUGCGUUCAAACUCAGCGAAUUCAAAUUUCCCGCGAGUUCUCCAAUGAAAUAAAAAUAGAAAAUUCCAAGAAGAAAGUGUAUGUUGUAUCCGCAAAGUGAUCCAAGGAAUCAUUUUCGUUCGACGUAUUCGAAAAUUGAUCCAGGAAACUCACAAUACGCUCUAGCUGCCUCUAGAGCCUUGGUCCAGAGUGAUCCGUGGGUCUUUCAGGUGGCACGUGCCGGUUUUCUACGGCCUAGGAAUUCGUGACUGGAAGAAAUCGGUAAAAGGACGUGUUCGUCUGUGGUUAUUUUCGUGACGGCGCGGAGAGAAAGUGUUGUUUAGUCCGGUGACGCGAUAUCUCCAGGUGGAUACCGAUCUAUCCCAAGGAGGUAGAAACCGGUGGCUCAGGUUCAUCGAGGAUCGAUCGAGGAUGAGAGCACUCACGUGCACCGGGACAGAAUGAAUUGUGUCCAUUGUGAACAGCGAGCUGUGUGCGUUAACAUGCGCAAGAUCCUGCGUGCUUCCAGGGACAGAUAGCUCGUACUGUGGUGGCCCAUCCGCGGACACAAGUGUCCAGAGGUCGUCGAACGUAUACUCGUCCUGGAGGGAUCGUUGAGGCUCGCGGGAUACCUCAGGCUGAAGGAACUGAUCGUAGCCAUGAACCUCGCGCUGCAUGGAUUUUUGCUACACGUUUUUUUGUCGAUCCUCAACCUCCAGCAUGGCUUCGUGUUAUGCAGCGCGGGGGAACCUGGCUAUCUGGACUUCGACAAUCUACCGGAAACGAACUUCUCGUGUCAGGGGAAGGUGAUUGGAGGAUAUUACGCAGACGUUGAAGCCGGAUGUCAAAUGUUCCAUGUUUGUACCAUUGGACAAAAAGACUUGGUUUCAGACGAGAUUAUGGACAUAAAGUUCCUUUGUCUGAAUGGAACCGUCUUCGAUCAGGAAACCAGGGUGUGCGAGAGGGUGGACGAAGUCGAUUGCAGCAAGAGCGAACGAUUCUACAACUUGAAUUUGGAACUUUACGGAAACAAUGCUGUGACACUCAGACUCAAAUCUUAUAGUUUGCAUGAGAACAGCGAAGACGACGUCGACCCCUCGGACCAUCUGGACGACCGUCAACGCACCACCUCGGCACGACCCACCACGACUACGACCACUUCCACAACCUCAAAACCCAACAAACCAUCCACAACACCUUCCUCCAAUUCAUAUUCGCAUCCUACUGGCUAUCCCCAACACUUCCAGCCUCAACCUCCAUUCCCUCAGGUGCAUACCAGUCAGUCCAAGUCCCUGUAUGACGACAAGAACGGUGGAUACCAUCAUCAGUACAUCUUCCACAACGGCGAGAGAAAUAAUAAUCAACAGGCGACUUCCUAUCAGUUGUUCAGCAACCAAGGUGUCAGUUCCACGACAGUCCAAACUCCUCAGGUGCAUCAGAUUAGGUUCAGUUCGACGCCAAGUCCGCAGAUCAUCCGCAACGAGCCCUCGACCGUGGCGCCACUGUUCCAUACGCCCUCCUCCACAAUCCAGACGCUUCUAAGUAGCAAUGGAAACAGUCCAUCGUUGAUAAAUCCCAUCUUCCAUAGUCAUGGGAUUGUUAGUACAACGGAGCAGUUUUCUAUACACAGUAAUAACCCGAGGGACACGUCGGAAUACCGUGAUAAUGGUGAACAGAGCAUCAGGCCGCUGGAGGCUGUACAGUCGACCAACAAAGGAAAGGUUUCGAAGCUGACAAUAUCCCCAGUGCCCACUCCAUCGGAGCCAUCUCGAUCAGGUCAAACGAAGAGCAGCCAGAGUUCACAGCAACAGAGGAUCUCAAGCAGCUUCCUACCAACCCCAACCACCGAAGAAACGACCGCUAGAUCCUUCUACCCAACUCCGAGGUCCUCGACGAAGUCAUCUGAGUCCUCACAGUCCAGCAGCGAGCAAGUCACCCAGCAUAUUCACGUUCUGCCACCUGUGCAGAUUCCCCAACUGAAACCCCAUCAGAUCACUAUCAAUCUACCCCCACCAGACAUCCAAAGAAUCGUGCAGAACCCUUCAUCCCUGCUCCCAUCUCAGUCCCGAGUGAUAGUGACGGCCAAAGCUAGCGUCAGCGACGAGUCAGGCAGACCUCUGAACACGACCCAACUGGUCACUUUGCCUCUUCCAACGAUUCCUGCUAGCUAUGAUGAUUACAAAGAAGGAGACGAGUCCUUUGAUCCUUUCUACAGGGAUGUGCCAAAAAUCAGAAACAGCAGACGAGCCUAUGGAGGGGUCAGACGAGGCAGGAUAGUUAAAAGAUCGAGAAGGUCAGUUGGGCAAACCAAGAAUUCCAUGGUGUCCUUCGUUUAUGGGGGCGAAACGAACAGGCGGCAUGACAUCCAGACAGUAAAUGCAGCUGAGAAAGAAAGGAUCAAGGACAGAGUAACUGUUGAGGAUGAUAAUAUGGACUUUAAGUCUAUCAAGGAGAGUCUGAUGAGGUUUAGGGAUAUUCUGUUUGGCGAAGAGUUCACGGAUGAAACUCUCCGUAGCAUUUUCGAAGACAGUCCUUCGCAGAAUAAGAGUUCUAAUACAAAAGCGAAGGGUAAGAAGAAGGAGUCUUUAGAAGACUUGGAGCCUAGGGCUUCGAAGAACUUCAAAGCCAGGGAAUAUGAGGAUGAUACUGAUGAGGGAUCAGAGAACAAGAAAAAUAAGGCUAAAAGUGCUUCGAAGAUAGAUACCAAAAUAUCUGAUGCUGAAGAAUACAUAGAUAUUGAGGAUAAUGAAGAAAGUAAGUCAGAUUCAAAGAAUGGUAACAUAGAGGACCCAGAAAAUGAAAAGGAAGAACAGUCAGAAGUUUCUUAUGAUUACAAUGAUGAGACAGAUGAGAAGGUCGAGAGUACGACAACUGAAGAACCAGAACUCGAUAUCAUUAUACUUGACCCAAAUGAAUACCUUAGGCUAAAAUCCUCAGAACAACAGAGUACUAUGAACCCUGUUGAAGAAGAAUUAUCAACUACAAUUGUCCCUGUUCUUUCUACAAGUGUACAGUCCAUUGAGUUAAAGAAGGAUAGUGAUUUUCUUAAAGACCCCAAGAAGCCUAAAGACCAGGAUAGUACACCUGAAAUAAACAAACAGCCCAAAGUGAAUGAAGAUGAUGAAGAAAAGAAACCAGAACAAGAGGUCAAAAAAGAAAAGCCCAAAAGAAAAAGUUCCAGAAUCAGAUCUGGAGGAAAGGUAUCUUCACGAAAAAAAGAAACGAAAAGUGAGAGCGACAAACCUGUUGAAUCUUCGGAUGAUAAGAUCAGGAAUCAGAAGGUAGAAACUACUACCUCAGCUGCAGACUCUGAAUCAGAACAGAUUGAUAAGCACAUUUUCGAUGAACCGGAGUCUCAGACUUCGAAAGAAAUCGAUACCAGAGCUGUAGGUAACCAUAACACUCACACGAAGAGUCUUCAGGGUGGCAAGGACCAGGGUACUGGGAAGGAAAAUCGAAAGGGUGAUAUCAACGAGUACGAGACUUUAGAGAAGCAGCCAAAUAAAUUAGAAAAGGAUCAAGAAAAAGUUGACAAACACAAAAAGGAGGUUGAAGAUGAGGAAGAGUCAACGAUUUCAACGUUGGAUGAAGACAAACCUGAAGAAGAUGAGGAGAAGGUUGAAGAAUCAAAACCAAAUGACGAGUCUGAGACAACAACCGAAGAAAAUACUUCUCUGGAGAAGACUGAUUACAAAGAAGAAUCUUCAAUCGAACAUGAAUCUGUGGAAGAAGAACUCACCACAAUCUUCAGCAGCGAAGAUGUUGAAGAAGGUAGUGACGAAAUGGUCAAAAGUUCUCAUCAUGAGAAGAGUAAAAAGUUUAAAGAUUCUUCACGAGAAGUUUCUUUACGUAAAAAGGAAAAGAAAAGAAAGAACGAAGAGGAAGAAGAAGCAGAGAUAGAGUCUCAAGAGUAUUCGACGGUGAAGAGUGAGGAAAUCAAUUCUAAGGAAACGUCCAUGGAGUAUCACGACUCUACAGAGGCGUCUUUCGAGAGCACCCACGAGAUAAAUGCUGACGAAGAAUAUCCCGAAAGCUAUGAAGAUUCAACACCUCUCUCUGAACUCAGUUCUGAAGAAAUUCCAAGCUCCAGAGAAGAAGUAGCUGAGGAACCUGAGGAAGAGGAAUGGGCAAGCGAUCAGGAAGUAAGUACCGAAGGAGUGUUGAAGUUUACUGAUGAAUUACCUAAAGAAAAGAAAGAAGACACGUCAGAAGGCAAGAAAUCUUCAGAGUCUGUUGACAAUGUUGGCCAUGACUACGUAGACGACAAUUACGAACCUGAAAACUACAAGGAACGAGAUUCUUCAGAUUCGAAUAGCUUAAGUAAUGAAAAAAUGAACAAGGAGACUAUGUCUGAUGAGAAGUCAGAGAGUAAAACUGGAAAACCUGAAGAGGACAAAGAAGAAGAAGUUAAGGAUGGGCUCCAGAAGGAUCAGGCUUCAGAAAUUGAAGAUCCAAAAGAAUCCAGCACUGAGGAGGCAGAUUUGCAGACAACAACAUCAACGACCACUACCACGACUAGCACCACCACCACCACAACAACUACAACUGUUCGUCCAACACCUCCAAAAUUAUUUAAACCAAUCUCUGCAAGGAAGAGUUACAACUACAUCCCUCCAACGACCACUCCGAACCCAGUGAUCAUCAAACCAAGGUUAAGUUUAUUGAACCCAAAGCCAGCAAAGCCACCCAAGUCCUACAACGACCUGGCACCUAAGCCAGUAAUUAGAAAAUUCCCUCUGCUAACGCGUAAAUCAGCCACCACCAUGUCGACUACGACGAUAAGAGGGGAGGACUCGACAGAGAUUCCAGAGAUGACGUCGACGGAAGUGUCAUCCACGAGCACAGAGGUGAGCAAGAGCGAAGAAAACGUGUUGGAGAGCAAAUUGGACCCUGUAAGUCAACCUGUGAGUGAACCUCCUAAGGACCAUGCUCCCCUGAAGAAUAAGAAUGAUCAAGACUCCAGUCCCAGUGAACAGAAGUCUCCUACGAACCUAAAGAAAGAGGAGGAUGAAGACUUCACACCUUAUCCUGUAGCUAGAUUGUCAACGAUGGCCACUCUGCUCGAGGAAAUCCUGAAGGAUACAGAAUCCACCACCAUAGAGGCUGAAAACACGACCACUGCAAAGAGCUUCACUUUGAUAGAUGUUGAAAUCACCAGCACCACAGCUGCGCCAGUUUCUUCAACAUCAACUGAAGCUGAUCACGAGACUACCACUGCUAAAUCACUGACAAAGGAUGAGGCUUCCAUAGCUCCCUCCACUAAAUCGACCUACCAAGAAGUGACAGAGGCAUCCCCGCUCCCUGAGACAUCCACCAUGCCAGAGACCACUUCUACACCGUCCGAAGAGGUAGAAUCGACCACCAUGAGGCUGCUGACUCGCAAAAUGGUGGGCCUCAGGCGAAACCAGGGGGGCUUCAACUGUCUGGAGAAGGAGAUGUACCGUUUCUAUGGGGACAACAGGGACUGUAGACUGUUUCAUUAUUGUUCUCCUGGAUUCACCUCGAGGCAGGUCCUGGACUUCCGGUUCGUGUGCGAGGAGGGCACUGCCUUCGAUGAGGAGACACAGAGCUGUCGUCACAAUGUUAGAAAUAAACGGUGUCCCGAUAGACAAUGGUAAUUAGGAGUCUUCUAGGUCAGGCAUGCAUACGAAAUUAACUGCGCGGACGCCCGCGUGCGUUGGGCUUGGUGCAGACUCUCAGAACCAUGGACUUAGGAAUAAGAGGGGACGUGACAUAUAUGGGCAACUUGGAGGAUGGAAGUGAAGUUACAAUAGGGAGGGGACCAUGGACGUAAACUACACCUAUUGUAUCCAGACUGAAUAUCCCCUUUUAUUCGUAGGUCCAUGGGGAAAACAUUGUAACGCUGAAGGAUGGGGUGCUGUCUCCCCACAAAUAUGCCUGCCCAGCCUGCCGGUGACUAUGCCCUGCGCCCUGCGCCCUGUGUCCUGCGACCGUUUCAUUACUCGCUGUACAUGCAUACUCUAGGUCCUCGUGUGUCUGGCGGCGUUGAUUUUGAUAAUUCGUGAAUCCCAGGACCACGUAGUGUAUAUUUAUGUAUAUUGUUAGGAUCCGUGAAAGAGGGCCGUUCCUUUCCUCAGCAUUGCCAUAAACCUUGUACAUGAAGAUGGAUUCACACUUAUUAAAAUUAAUGCGAAGUGCUGACUCGAGCGUGUAGGUCACGAGGAAACAAGAAUCUUCUGUCUGAGCCGGAAUCUUUCUCGUAGCUGUGGUCUUUUCUUUCUGGUGGAAGACAAUGCUUGUUAUUCUUGAUUGCUGAAGACUCGUCAACUGUCUUUUAGGUUAGGUUUGCUGUAGUAAAAAAUAACUGCACUGUCGUUAGCCAACAUUGGAAGGAAACGAUUUUAUACAAUACCCAGCUAAGUUUUGUGAAAGAAAACUAAUAGUCAGGCCUCUUAUUGUUGUUAGUAUAAAAGAGCGAAAAUUAUGCCGGUUCCUACGUUGCAUCGAUGAACUUUUUCAGAGAAGAUCACUCUUUCAUAGUGAUUUCAGCAAUAUAUCUUGCGCAUUGCUCAACGUACGUUGCGUACGAAACACAAAAUCUUUGAUUUUUGUUGGCUCGAUGCAACUGUGCAGUCGUAUAGUCGGUGGAAGAAAUAUAGUGCAAUUAUAAGUAGAUGAACAAUGGAAUAAUUUUUCAUGAUACAACUUUUGGUCGGUAAUAAUUUUUUUCCACUAGUAAGUAUAUCGUUUCCACCGACUAUACGUGUAGAUUUUGAGAAUGUACAGUAACGUUAAAAAGCAGAGAUUCGGGAAAUACUCAAUCGUCGUUCGUCCCAACAACGACGGUCUUCUUAACACUUUAGCAGCCGUAUUUCAUGUAACUCUUGUAAUUUUACACUCGUUUCUUAAUUCCAAUCGAAAUGUAUUGUGAAAAAAUUAUACUCGAGUUUCUGUAGAGUGAUCACAAUGGUCGUCAAAGUGUUAAUCACCAGGUCGAUCGAUCAUUACAAUAUUAUCUUGUUACAUCGAAUGAAAAAUUUACAUAGUCAUUUUCAUCAAUUUUUGAGCUUCAAAUUGAUGUAACUACUAUUUCGUGAUACCUUUAUCAUUUUCUUCAAUUGAUAUGCAACAAUCUAAUAACAAUGAUCGAUGAAUGCCUUUCGUCCCUUCCUAUCAAUAGAUGUCUAAUUUUAGCGAAACAAUUGAUCCCUUAGGUCGAAAUUCCUAUCGAUAGUGGUAAAUGUAUAAAUAGAUUACCUACAUGUACGCACACACGUUAUAUAUUUUUACAUGUGAAUUUAUCCCGUAGAUAAUGUGAUAAGGUAAUCUGUAGGACGUUAAAAUAUUCUCUGAGGAAGCAACUGCGUGUAAAUGAUUUCUGUACAUACAAAUGUGUCCCUUUGUAGCGACGCGUUACACGCAUGUUAUCAUUAAGGAUCUAUACUGUGUUAAUAAUAAUUGUAUAUUAUGUGCAAUUCUUGGUA